AUGCUGGACUCAGUCCAAAUAAGACGCCGAGGUGCGCUAAACUUCGAGGGUUACUAUGACCACGCAUGCGCGACGCAAGGCUUGGCCCCUCUCCCAUCCGUGAAAGCGAACCUGAGUCGGGGGAUGCUGGAUUUCAACGGAGACCUUGUCUCGCUGUCGGACUGGACGCCCAUACUAGCUUCCCUGUCCAUCAACAAACAUCUCCAACACAUUGCAAUCAGAAGCAGCUAUCUAUCAAAUCUGGGAUCACAGGGUCUUUAUCAGUCAUCCAUCAGAAAGAAGAUUCCAGCUGUACACUCCAAAGCCAUGACAUUGCAGCUGUGUAAGGCCAUGCAGAAGUGUCUGUCUUUGUCUGCCUGCCUCAAAACGCUUCACCUACAGGGGCUUCCUCUGAGAGAGAGGGAUCUGAUCAUUCUCACAAAGGGUAUAGCAAAGAGCGUGUCUUUGGAAAGCCUGUCUCUGGCCCACUGUCCAAUAGCUGAUGAAGGGUUGGAAGUGAUAUGCCAGAGUGUGAAGUACUCGUCUUCCAUCAGGACGGUUGAUUUCUCGUGUUGUAAUAUCACCUGGCGUGGAGCGGAACACAUGACCGAGAUCAUAAAGCACCAGGCCGUGAGGAGGCACAGCGUGGCGUGGGCGGAGUCUCUGCGGUACAGGAAACCAGAGUUUGAGGUGAUGGGUGGACUCCGCAGAAUCACGCUGAACGGGAACAUUCUGAUCGGAGACCGCGGGGUGACCGCCCUUGCCCAGGAACUAACCGAGGACCUCUGGGUGAAAGCUGUGGAUCUGCAGAGAUGUGGCAUUUCCAACGAGGGGGCACAAGUCCUACUGGACAUGCUCAAAACAAACAGAACUGUGUGUGUACUGGACAUCAGGAGAAAUCCUUUAGUGGACAAUGAGAUGGUUAAAGCUGUCAUCAAACAUGUCCUCAUGAACACUAAAAGCCAGGACUCACAGUACCUAUGGAUCAAGCCUCCGGCCAAUAAGGACCCUCCAAAACACUCUAGCCUCAGAAGAGGCGGGACUACAGGAAAAGGAAAAUCUACCUUCAGGAUAGGUAGUAUCAGAAGGUCGUCCACCAGCGGGACGACUAAGCGUUCCCGUCCCGGAUCUGUUGGCUACGUUCCCUGGAGAACAGCCGCGCGAGCAAGCAAACAGAGGGGUCCCCCGCCGGGCCUGACAGCACAAGAUCAUAGUUUUCAGAACGCGACGUCAGUCAGGGUUACCGUGGAGACGGAGUCGGAGUCCGAGGAGGCAGAGAGUGACUCAGAGAUUAUGCAGAGAAUCCAGGGGAAGAUAUGCAGCAGCCAGCACAGCCACCUACAAACACAGUGCAAUCGCCUCCAGGUGGAGCUGGAGGAGUGUAGACUCCGGCUGGCGGAGGAGAGGAAAGCCAGACUGGAGGCAAACUCGCGUCUGGUAGAGCUGGAGCUGGAAAACAAUCGCCUGCGUGCGUUGAAUCGCUCCUUGUCGGAGGUGCUACAGGCUCCAAACCAGAGCUCCUCAGUCUUAGAAGACGACAAAGUGCUGGACAGCAUUGAAGCGUCCUUCCAAAAGUUUCACGCCUUCCUGGACCUCCUGAAGGAUGCUGGGCUGGGCCAGUUGGCUUCCAUGGCCGGAAUCCACCAGUCAGAUUUUGGGCUGGUGGGACGACCGCAGUUCUCUUCAACGCAGAGGAGGGAAGUCGCGGGGGUGACUGACAGCACUCAGGACAAGGACGAGGAUGUGGCGAGAGGAGACGGUCCUUCUAUGCCCUCAGGGCUUCAGUCCGGUGCCUUAUUCCCUGGAGAUCCAGACUUCCUGAAGGACUCGGGGGAGCAAAGUCCCCCGGCCAAGGGGCUUCUCCUCACCACCCCUCCUUUCUCCACCUCCCCUGCUCCUCCAGAGGACCCAGAGAGAGAGAUGUACUCUCCUCCCUCCAGAGGGGCAUCAGAUUCAGAGGGAGGAGGAGGAGGAGGAGGAGGAGGAGGUGGCAGUGGAGUCUCCAACGGGAGAGCCCCUGGGUCGGACAGGUCGGCGUGUAGCCUCAGUUCCCGCAGUAAGGGCUCCGGCUCUCGUUGGGACGACGGCUCACGCAGCAGAAGCUCUCACAGCGUCAGCUCCAAGGCGCCCAGCCUGAGUCAGAACGGGGGAGCGUUUGGGAUCAGCCCCACAGAGGAGCUGUUGAAUGGCUCUGGACUGGCUUGGCGAUAG